AAUGGCUUUCCUUCAGUAUUGUUGAGCUCUGGGGCAUUAUUCUCUCUCCUCGCUUUCUUACUAGACUGACCAGGACCUGUUGUAGGCGCUAAGGCGGGGAACUCAACAGAAGCAGCAACAUCAUCGCCAUCACGGCCCGUUUUGCCAUCGUUUACUUUUGGAUAUCACCGUAUACUGCGUUAAAAUGUUGCCAUUAUCUUUAUUAAAGGCAGCACAGGAUAAUCCUAUGCUGGUUGAGUUGAAGAAUGGUGAGACGUAUAAUGGUCAUUUGGUUAGUUGUGAUAACUGGAUGAACAUACAACUGAAGGAAGUAAUUUGCACAUCAAGAGAUGGUGACAGGUUUUGGAAGAUGCCAGAGUGUUUCAUAAGAGGCAGCAUGAUUAAAUACUUAAGAAUCCCUGAUGAGGUGAUUGACAAGGUAAAGGAGGAAGCUUUUAAACCUCGUGGACCAAGACCAGGUGGUGGCCCCAGAAGAGGAGGAGGAGGAGGAAGAGGUGGUGCCUCAAGAGGGAGAGGAGGUCGUCCUCGUGGCGGAGGUGGAGGUCACAAAAAAUAACAAGAAUGCCAUUUCCUUACGUGCAUUAUUUAAUUAUACUCAUGCAAUUACAACCUUCCUCGAUCUUUCUUAAUUUUCCUUCUCUCACUUUCUCUCUCGUUAUCAAUGCAUUAUUCUAAUAGUUAUUACGUAAAUAUGUUGUGUGUAUGUGCUACAA